AUGGCUGCAAGGACCAUCGUCAUUGACCACGGGUCUGGCUAUGUGAAGUCUGGCUUCUCUGGCUGGAAUGAGCCCCAGAUGGUCCAUCCGAACAUCGUGAACUACAGGCCGUGCAGGGAGAAUCCUGGCCCCAGCUCCGCCCGGCGGGUGGUGGGUCUCGGCAUCGAUAUCUUCCAUCCUGACACCUUUAGCUACCCCAUCCAGCGCGGCCGUGUCCUCAACUGGGAGGGCGUGGAGCACAUAUGGUCCUUUGUCCUGGAGAACCACAAAAAGGGAUGUGAGAGCUCCCCUGUAUUGGUCACUGAGUCCCCCCUGAGGAGGCCUGUGGACCGAAAGAAGACCCUGGAGAUCAUGUUUGAGUCACUGUGUGUCCCGUCCCUACUCCUGGCUGACCAGCUGGAGAUGUCUCUGUAUGCCUCUGGCCUCCUGACAGGCGUGGUGGUGGAUUCUGGCUUCGGCCUCACCCGAGUGCAGCCUUUCAACCUGGGCCAGCCCUUACGGGAGGGCCGUAAGGUGCUGGAGUUCGCCGGCCAGGACCUCUCCACCUAUCUCAAACAGACCCUCUUUCCGGAAUUGUCCGAUAUACCCACCGUGUUUCGGAUGCAGAUGGCGGACAGGAUUCAGAUGAACCAAUGCUACACGCCACAGAAUCUUGGGGAGGCAAUAGACUUCCUUCAGAACCUGCCACCUGGCUCUGAUGAAAACAACACCUAUCAGCUCCCGGACGGUACCUCCAUGGAGCUGACCCCCAUGCAGCGCCUGGCCCCCGAGAUGUUCUUCAACCCCGAGGUGUUCGACCUGAAAUCGCCCAGCCUCUCUCAGGCUCUCGUGGGUUCCAUCAAGACGUGUGAGGACUCCCUGCAGCCCCGGCUCCUCUCCCACGUGAUAGCCUGCGGGGGCAACACCAUGUACAGUGGCUUUGACGAGCGCCUGAGGCAGGAGUUGUCCAGACUUCAUCCCUCCGGCUUCACAGCCUCGGUGUGUGUCGAUUCCAGAAGAAAAUGUAGUGUCUGGCUGGGAGCAUCUAUUGUGGCUCAUCUGUCGACUUACAAGUCUGAGUGGAUAACCAAGGUGGAGUACGAUGAGAGCUAGAGGCUGUGUGACCUGUCAGCUUAUGCGGAGCACCUGGCUCUCACCAGAUGGACGUGGGUGGAUUCGUUUCAGUGAGAGGGUCUGGGCAGGGGUGGGGUUGCCUGGCGCUGGAAUUCUGAACUCAUGGAGGACUUUUUAAGUGUUGGGGUUUUAUCUUGUUUCAAAAAUGGGAGCCAACCCAUGGGAGGACAGGGUGUCAUCCCUGGACACCCUCCAGGGGACAGUUUUUCCAGGGGUGGUCUGUUAUUAGGAGGGGAGUGGCCAGCUGCCAGAUCUCCCUACCUAAUAGCCACUUACUGUUCACUGGCAUCUCAGUUGGGUUGUCCAUUCUUUUAGGAGAGCAGGUUUUAACUGGGGCAAGAGAGGGUUCUUACUGAGUAGGGCAGUGGGAGGGUAAGUCUGGGGAGAGCUGAAGUUUCUAGUCCUCCACACUCUGGCCAGGGAAGAGUGCCCUUCCCGCGUGGCAGGGGUCUUGUUUUAUAUAUGCAAAUAAACCACUUGUUUGGAGCAA